CCAAACAUGCUAUUGGCUACAGCUCCACCAGGUUCAAUCAUUAGAACCGCGCCAUGCUACAGAAAAUGCAUCAAAUAAGCGCCUGUGCUAGACGAUCAACUCUGAAUGCAUGAGUCUGGUAAAGCGCAACAGUUAUCCCGGGGGGUUGUAUUACUUACUCGUCUCUUCUCUAAUGAUAUUUAAUUCCGAUGAUUUCCCUACUGCCUACUUGAUGUAAAGCUUACAAUCUCCCUGUCUAUAACAUUCCAUCGAACGCGGGUUCUUCCAAGAUACACAUAUCACUCCCAUCUCUGUUAACCGUUGCCUCCUCCCCGUUCCCUUUUAUCCGCCAUGGGGAAUUUUAGCAAAAGAGUCCUCGCGGUGGUGGAGGUCAUUAUCUCCAGACCAGCGGACCUCAAGAAAUUCUACAUGCCCACUGUCAGCAGAGGGAAAACGGUCUGGCCCAAGUCUUCAGCUGACCUGCUCCGCUAUGGGGUCCGCUGGGACUAUGACGGGAUUGUCAUGCACGAUGGCAAGGAAUACCACCGAUACCAACUACAACCGAACGCCGGAAAGAUUCCCAGCACCAUCAAAGACUGGCGCGAUAAGAACGGUGGAACACACGCCGUCAUCGCCGUCAUGCACCUCCCAACCAACAAGGAGCCGGAAGCAGACGAGUUCGAAGCUGCCGCGAGAGAAGCAUUGGAAGACAUGUAAUAGUCUCGCUCGUGGACCACUGAAGCCUCAUUAUAUGCUUGUAUAUCUGUGUGUGCCAGGCUUGGGAGGAAGUCUAUUCCUAUAAAAUGAUCACAUUGUCUCGAAAUUUUGUGUUGGUAUGGUACCUUGUCAUCUUGGCUUAUUCAUAUUUUGUUCUCCUGUGGUCCGUAUGUCUUGGCUUAGUUUUUUUAUGAGAAUGUCCUUCAUUAUUAGUAUCGCCGCUCUGCGUACUUGAAUUUAAGAUCCGUCUUAGUAU